AUGGAGGUCGUCGAGAUGGUGCUCGUUGGCAAGGUCAACAAGAAUCUCGUCUCCCUCAUCAACCUCGCCGGCGGCACCGCCGUCGGCCUCUGCGGCAAGGACGCGCGCCUCAUCACCGCGCGCCCCUCCCCCAACGCCGCAGCCCUUGGCUUCGUUGGCGAAGUCGCGCGGGUGGACGCCACGGCCUACAACAUCAACGCGGAUACGGCGGCAGGUGAGAUCGCCGCUGCGGUAGGCGCCGAGAAAUUGCUACUGCUCACAGAUGUGUCUGGGAUACUGGCGGACCGUAAUGACCCUGGGAGCCUGGUGAAGGAGAUUGAUAUCUCUGGGGUGCGGCAGAUGGUAUCUGAUGGGCAGGUAGCUGGUGGAAUGAUCCCAAAGGUGGAGUGCUGCGUGCGAGCUCUCGCCCAGGGUGUGCACACUGCAAGUAUCAUCGAUGGGCGUGUCCCGCACUCGCUGUUGCUCGAGAUUCUCACAGAUGAGGGCACUGGCACAAUGAUCACUGGCUAA